UAUAUUUUAACGGUCGAGCGGCGGUCACACCUGGUGUCGUAUUGUGGAAAAUAUCAUAACAAAAACCUUUUCCCCGACAAUAUGUGGUUCGAAAUCCUACCUGGCGCCGUGAUCAUCACCACGCUCCUGUCGGUGCCCAUAUACGCCAUGUACGGCCUGCAGAAGCUGACGAUCGGCAAUGCUUUCCGGCGCAACAUGGACGAGCGUUUCGGCCGAGUUAUGUACCAGCGCGAUUUCCGACUGACCGACAAUCCCUACAAGAUGAACGGACUUGAACAAAUUCCCGAUGAGGAGGAGGACAAUAAGGAUCAAAGGGAUCAAAAUGAGGACCUCGAUGAUCCUGUGCUCUUAAAGAAAAAGGAAAAAGAACGCAAGCUAAAGGAAAAACAAGAAAAAAAGCAAAGAAAGGAGGAGGAGAAGCAGCAGAAAAAGCAGUAGAAAUAUAUAAACAAA